AUGUCCAUCAGCUACGAACGCAGGUUCUCGGGACAUAACCUGGGUCCAGGGGUGGUGGAUCUGGUGUCACCAUGCCUCAGAGGCCACAAGAACAAGUACCAUGCCCGUGUGAAAUUCCACCAGGUCCAGGGGGACACUCAGUAUCCCCAGGAGGCUCAGACCAGUGCUGCUGCAGCCCCCAAAGAGGAGUGCCCCUCUUCCCACUCGUCUGUCCCUCAGGCUUCUCCCCUGAACUCCUCUGCUACUGGAGAUCACCAGGAGCUUCAGGGAGCCAUGGCCCCUAGCUCUCCUAAUGCAGGGCCUUCCUGUGCAGGAUCUGAUGAAGGUGCCCAGGGCCCAGAGGAGGAAAGUGCAGGUGCCUCCAAGGCAGCCCCUGUCACUCAGAGCCCUCUCAUAGAUCCUCUGACCAGGAAAGCCAGUAUGCUGGUGGAGUUCCUGCUGGAGAAGGACACCAAGAAGGAGCCCAUCUCGCAGCAUGCCCUGCUGAAGGUCGUUGGCAGGAAGUAUAGGCAGCACUUCCCUGAAAUCCUCAGGAGAGCCUCUAAGCACAUGGAGCUGGUCUUUGGCCUGAAGCUGACAGUAGUCGGCCGUAGCAUGAUCAUCUGUGCUCUCAUCUACAAGCUCAACCUCCGCGGCGAUGAAGGUCUGAGUGAGGAGGGGGUGGUCGGCCCAAGUCCGGUUUCCUCAUGGUGGCUCCUGGGCAUUAUCUUCAGGAAGAGUAACCACGCCCCCGGGGAGGAGGUCUGGAAAUUCCUCAGUGUGUUGGUGGUCUAUACUGGGAGGAGUCACUGGAUCUUUGGGGAGCCCAGAAGGCUCAUCACCAAAGAUCUGGUGCAGAAGAAGUACCUGAAGUAUCGACAAGUGCCCAGUGGCGAUCCUCCCCACUACGAGUUCCUGUGGGGCCUGAGAGUUUGUGUUGAGACCAAUAAGAUGAAGGUGUUGGAGGUGCUGGCCAAGAUCCACAAUACCGUCCCGACUCCCUUCCCAGACCUCUAUGACGAGGCUCUGAGAGAUCAGGUGGAGAGAGCAGGGCUGAGAGGCAGGGCCAGGGCUCCCACAAUGGCUGAAGCCAGUGCCCCUUCCAGGGCCAAGUCCUACAGCUCCUCCCACAUCUAG